CGGGCGGUGGCGGGGUUGCCACAGCAGCGGCGGGGCUGGAGCUGGUGGUAGGAGUGCGCCAUGGAGGGGCUAGAAGGUGAGGUUACAGUCCAAACUGGAGAUCUGUUGCCAUGUAGGAUUUGCGGAAGGACUUUCUUUCCAGCAGCACUGAAAAAACAUGGACCUAUUUGCCAAAAAACUUCUGCCAAGAAAAGGAAGACAUUUGAUUCCAGCCGACAGAGAGCAGAAGGAACUGACAUUCCCACAGUAAAACCUCUUAAGCCACGGCCAGAACCACCCAAGAAACCUUCCAACUGGAGAAGAAAACAUGAGGAAUUCAUAGCAACUAUACGAGCAGCCAAAGGACUUAAUCUUAAAGAUGGUGGAAAACUCCCUCCCCCACCUCCACCAUCAUAUGACCCUGAUUACAUUCAGUGUCCCUAUUGUCAGAGGAGAUUUAAUGAAAAUGCAGCUGACAGGCACAUCAAUUUCUGUAAGGAGCAAGCAGCACGUAUUACUAAUAAAGGGAAAAUGGCAGCUGAUACCAAAGGGAAACUUCCUACUCGAACACAGUACAAACCUGCUGCAGUUAAGAAGGCGGCUUCUGUAGGAUCGACGCCACCGUCAUCGUCAUCACGUUUACCACAGCCCAGUGGCGUUAGCAAAACUGUUGUAGGUGUCCCUCUGAGUAAAGCACCAUCUUCAUCUGGAUCCAGUGGAAGUAAAAUUCAGACAUUAUCACCAUCUCAUAAAAACUCAUUGGGAAUGGUGAACCCACAAGCAGGUAAGAUGGACAAGUUAGGCCCACCACUGCGAACUGGAAGAAAUGUACAAAGGUUUUGUGACACUGAUACACAAACAGACAUUACCGUCAAAAGACCAAAUGAAUUGUUGCCUAUAAAGAAAAGCACAACAAAAACACGGACAUCAACCCCUCCUAGCGUGGCAAGAACCAUGAGCACGGGUGCUCUAACAAACAGAAGAAAAACUAGCAAUUCAGACAGUUACUCAAGGUCUGAUGGACCUAAAAUUGGAUACGACAGUGCAGACUGCCCAUCCUCAGUCAAUGGAGGAAGUUCAAAAGGCAGCGAAGGAAAUUCACCCAUACAGUUAUCAAAGUUCUGCUAUGAGUGUGGAACAAGGUACCCAGUGGAAUGGGCAAAGUUUUGCUGUGAGUGUGGAAUACGAAGAAUGGUUGUGUGAACAUGUUCUUAAAAGCAAAAAGCAAAUGAGAAAUUAUUAGCAUCUGCUAUGUACUGCUGCGUGGAAUGCUAGUGCACUUCUUCCAGUUUGACUUCAUGCUGCAAACAUGUUGAAAUGAUCAUAUUGUAAUUUUCAGAGUGCAAUCUUCUAGUUACAGUUAUUUAUGAGCAGAUAUAUAUAUAUAUAUAUAUACUGUAUAUACAAAUAGCAGGUACCUGAAACUGUGCCAUUCAAGGAAAUAGUCUUUAAUCUCUCUUGGAUAUAUUUAGAAUUAAGGUAAAACCAUGUUAAGUAACUUAGGUAGCAGAAGUGGUUCAAUGUUAUUUUUCUUGUAAAUCCUACUAGAUAAAGGAUUAGUUAAAUCGCUUAUGUAGGAUAAUACUUACACAUAGGGAACUAGCCAUGAAGAACUUGGGCUUCUCUUUGUGGAGGCAUUUCCUUCAUAUGUGACAGUAACUUAGAUGCUCUAAGUGAAAACAAUAUGAGCAACUGCUUAUAAAUUCCUAGUUAAAAGUGCAAAAACUCUGGAUCCCUUUAAACUCUUUACCAGUAAUAUUCUAAUGAGACUUUCCAGCUAAUUCUAGGAUUUUUUUUUUAAGCAAUCGCAGUGGAAAAAUUACCUGAGAAUUCUGUUCACGUGUGAAAAAAGCAAAAUUUUGUUUGUGGCUUUCCAUAUUUCAUUUUCCAGUAAGAACAUACUAAUAUUUUUACAGUGUUUAUAAGGACAAAUAUGGUACCAUCAUUUUAUCAAGUUCCUUUUGUUCAGAAAUACUUGUCUUCCACCAGUCCUCCACCAUGACUAGCAUAUCUAAAGGUUUUGCUCCUUUUUUUUUCCUUCCCUCAUUUCCUGAAGGAGAGACAAAGUCUAUGCCUAUCCUACCUAAAUGUUGAGCUCUUAUUUUGAAAACAGCAUUCUUGAUGUAUCCAGUACAAAAAAAGAGUUCCAUAAAAAUGUAUGUUACUACAGCAGUAUAACCUGAUGCAAGAAGUUAACUUUUUUAUUCUUAUUCCUGUGCAAAUAACACAGCUUACAUAUGAGUGUGUAGUGGAAUAACUUUGCUCCAGAGAUUUAUGUGUUAUACGUUUUUUAUUUUUCAGUUUCCUGUAUCCUUAGGCUCUAAACGCCAGCCUCUUCAAGUUAGUUAACAAACUUCGCAUUAAUUCAUUGAGUAGAAGGGUCAGGUCCUGAAAGUAAUUGCUGUUUUUAUAAAUUGUAGAGGCUAAUAAAACCAUUCACAAGCCAAAUCACUUGCUUUGUACCUGAAUGUAGUAAUUUGGUGAAAUUUUGCUUUGAAGUACCAGCACUAUCUUAGUUAUUUGUAAAAGGACAAUCUGAAAGAACUUGUGCCUUUCCCACAGUAAAUACAUGUUUUUUGUCAGAAAUGGUUACUUUCAGAUCACAAACACCAUUAGUAUCAAUUCAUGUAACUUCUUUAUUGCUUAUGCAAAAUAUAAUGUAGCGUUCCAUUAUAGUUGUUUGCCUGUUUGUUGUUCUAUGGUCACUGUUUGCCUUUUCAAAACUUGUGAUUCCUGUCAAUGGGGACGAUUUUGAAGAAAACAUGAUUGAAGGAAAGCAUCUCCAAAGCAGGUACUUGGAGGUCUUGGAGGAAGAGAGGUUUAAGAGACUUGAUGUAGUCAAGUUGCAGGAUACAAACUACUGAUGUUUUAGAAUUAGUGUAGCAGUGUGGAAUUGUCUUACAGUUGUUAUAUAAAGUAAUUUUUAGAAGUUAUCUUUCAGUAUAGUCUUCUUAUAAUAUGCAUAAGCUGCUUGUUGAACAUAGUAGGAUUGACUGGUAAUUAUAAUUUGAACUGACAAAUCUUGUCCAAAUUAUGUUCUAAGAAGUUUAGGUUCUAGAGUCCGUAUUUGGGCACAUUCAUAUCUGUACCUGGAAAAACUGGAAUCCCGAAUCCUGGGCAUAGAUGAGCCUACUUUAGAAAAUUUGCCCUAGGCUUGGGCCAUGGAGGUCUGGAGACUGAAUUAUUGCAACAUGAGUGUCCAUCGACAAAGAUACAAGUGCUGUUAGUUGAUCAGUUGGUGAUUCUACUGAGAAAUUUAUUCCUUUGUGUGACAUGAUCAAUUUCCAGUUCUUGUUUCUGCUGGAAAAAUGCAUUUUACAAUUUAUUGAAAGUUCUUCCUACAAAAGGAUAAUUUAGAAAGGAACUAAAUACUUGCCAGGUUUUCCAGGAACUGUCUAGAAAAAAAAAACCCAAACAUAUUGAGUGUUUCUCCUUUGAGUUGUAGGUGGCAGAUUUGAUAGCUUCAAAUCAAUCCACAGCUGAGUAAUUAUACAGUUACCCUAAUUUCUGCUUUUUGAGCUGUUGGUGUAGCUCUUUGCUUCCAAUGCAGCAUUUAGUAAAUUACUUGAGUGACAGAUCAUUUACUUCAUUUACACUUCUGUGAUUGGUAGCAAGGACUAGACAGGGGAUUAACCUGAACUGAAAGAGGAAUUUUAGAAAGAUUUCCUGAAUUUUUAAUUUGGUCUUACAAGGAGGUGUGGUGAAACAGAAAUGACUGUUGCUAGUGACAUUGGAUAGUAUGUAAUGAAAAUAUAAUUGACUGUGUUAUUUACUACUGUAUAGUGAGAUUAUUGGAGGCCUAGUACAUUUCCACUUUAUCUGGUCUUGUUACUGAAUGACAGGUUUCUAAAGUCUUUGCUGUUACACACGGUAGGUUGUGUUAGGUUAUCAGCACAGAUUGCCGUAAUUCCAUCUCCAUGGAAUGCUUGCUAGGAAGCAGUAGCUUUGGUUUUGUAAUGCCCCUGUGGAACUGAACGUAAGAAACAAAUGUGUUACAUUUAAAUUAGACUGUUAAGGGAGAUAGAAUCUGAAUUUUGUAUCUUUGGGUAUGUGUGUCAGGAAGUUCCCAAAUUUAUUAACAACGUAAGUCCAAGUUUCUUGCCCCAGCCCUCCCCUAUGCUUUUAUGCCUUGCUUGUCAUGGCAGGAAAAAGAAUGGAGAGAUACGUGUAUACUGAGAAUGUUCCAAAAUUUCUCAAGAAUCAACAUACUGAUGAUUGCAAAGAUAAAACCCCUAGAUGAACUAUGCACUGGUGCCGCACUUCACUGAUGAGUCUAAACUUAGCUAGUGUCAUCCUCUGGAUGCCUUGUUGGUAAAUAUUUAUCUUAAAAGCUUAAAUUCCUUAGAGUUCAUGUAUAAAAUUAGGAUGAUAUAAUUACUCUGUUUAGCAUCUAUCUUUCCAGUGUGUGUGUGUAUGUAUAGAGGGUGUGUGUGAGCUCACACAUGUACUUUGUGAGAACUCACAAGUUAUACAUAUGUAGAAAGUUGUUUUGCCAAAGCAGAGUUGAUAGAAAACAGGACUCAGUGCUACUGGAAGAUAAUGAAGCAGCAGUCAGUAGACUAAUGUAGUUUCUAGCCAUUUAAAAGCGAAAUGUAUUGACAUGAUUGUUUUAAAGAUUUCUAUACCGAUGUCUGCCCCUAAGACUCUGAUUUUUUUAAUAUCUGCCACUGUAUCUUCCUAAUGUGCUUCCUAAGAUUCUUCCAGUCAAUAAAAAAAAAAAAACCUUUAAAAAACACAAAAAAGUCAAAUGUAAAGUCCCAUAUAAAAGCAAGGGACUUGCAAGGAAAGGCUGGUUUUGAGGUCUGGCCUGAGAGUGUUUGCAUUCCCAUUCUGUUUUGGGGAAUAUCUGUUACACAAGGGAUAUCUGUGCUAGAAAGGAGUUUCAGGAUCAUUGGAACUGUACUAAUACAAGUGCAAUGGAGUUACGAGAAAUACCAGCCUCAAUAGCAAAAACAACAUAGCAGAAGGCUUAAUCUUUAUGUGAUGUAUCUUACACAAGUUUAUAUUUAUGCAUGAUGCUCACGCCCUGGCUAGUUUCAGAACUGACAUCUCUAAGUAAACGACAACUUAAGUAUAUGGUUAUAUAGAUAACUUACACCCUUGGUCUUGCACGCCGCUCCGGGAAGGUGGGGCAUGGGAAGGCACUUUACCGCCCUUUCAGCUCGUACCCACGAGAGGAACGUUGAGGCAGAACUCGUCGAGCCCGCCCGAGCGCGGCCUUUCGGCGGCGGAGCCCGACGGGCCGGCCCCGGAGCUCUCCAUGGUGCUCGGGCGCAGCCGCCCCGCGGGGCCAGGUGCGCAGAGCAGCAGCGAGAGGUCCGACCUGGACUGUGAGCGUCACGGGAGUGCGCUGCCGUCCGAGAAGCCAGCGCCCAAGUCACCCCUGCAACUGAGACUUCGUGCCUGAAAUGCAGUGUCCGAAGUGGAUGGCUUCACGCUUAGCAGUGCAGUGGAAGAAGGUACGACUGCAGUAGCUUAAACACUAAUAAGCAAGGCACGUAGCAGUGCACACUGCUGUAGGCUAUGUACUUAUAGUAUGAAAUGGUGGUGUCUGUGUUGUGAGGUUCUCAAGAAGUACUAGUUUCCAUCACAUAGACUGUAUAUGUGCAAACAAAAGGCUUGUAGCAAGUUUUAUUUUAGUCUUGGCUGACAAAUUUAUGUUUUGUAAGAACACUUUUUGCAACUUUCUUUUCAAUUUGACUGAGCUGUUUGGAUUGUGUGACAGGGUAGAAUUUUCAUCUUUUGUGAAAUUGGUUUUGGUGACUGGUGAAAAUAAUUGUUUUGCCUUUCAAGUACAGCUCAUUUUAACUUGUGAUAGUUUUGUUGCUAGUUUGUUUGGUUUUGUUUGGUUUUUUUUUUUUCAACUUGCUGGGUAAGGUUUGAGUUACCUAAUUGUGAUAUUGGAAGAAAUGAUAGGUAAAAUAUUCUCCAUCUGUAUUCAACAGUUACUUGGUUUAUAUUUUCUUUCCAGUAUUGUCAAUAUAACAGGUUACUCUUGCAUACUGUUUCAGUGGGUUGUAGUUUGGUUUGGGUUUUUUUUAAUGUCAUUCCAAAAUAUACAUUUCUAAGGGAUCCUACUUAGCCCCAUUCCAUUUCAUGUUGCCAGAAAACAGCUUAUGCAGAUUUUAUGUUAAUUGGUAUUUCUUCUUUACAAAAAUUAAUAGGGAAAUAAUAUUUCUCCAAUGUGCUUUUGAGUCAGCAAAUCAAAUAUUCAGUUAAUAUAGCUGAAUGUAGAACUUAAGUUCUAAGUAGUGGCAGGUGAUUUACCAUAGGUCUAUAUUUAGAUUUCUGGCAGAAGUUUGAAUGGAUUUGGGUCUGAUCUGCAAAGCACCCAGUAUUCAAUGACUGUUACAAUACCUAUUUGAUAUGAUUGUUCUAAUGCUUGGUGUUCAGCCUUCAUAUGAUACUUAAUAUGUGUAUUCGUAAGUUUAUUUAUUGAUGUUCCUUGUUUUUAAAUGAAGCAUUCAUUCAUGUGUUUGAGGUGCUUAAUUUUGCCCGUUGCGUAUAUUAUAUUUGCCUUGCCCCUCAGAACAUUGAAUUUGUGUGUUUGUAACCAUCCAUGGUUGUUUUUUUCCAGAAUUCUUGGGUUUCUUUGCAUCUUACUUGGUAUAUUAUGUUCUAUUUUAAAGUGUCAAUUAUGUUAUGAUUAAUAACUGUAAAUCACCACUUAAUGCUG